AUGUUUCUGAAAGAGAGUUGGAUUGAAAGAUGUCUCAAUGAAAGUGAAAACAAACGUUAUUCCAGUCACACCUCUCUGGGGAAUGUUUCUAAUGAUGAAAAUGAGGAAAAAGAAAACAACAGAGCAUCCAAACCACACUCUACUCCAGCUACUCUGCAAUGGCUGGAGGAGAACUAUGAGAUUGCAGAAGGAGUUUGCAUUCCUCGAAGCGCUCUCUACAUGCAUUACUUGGAUUUCUGUGAGAAAAACGACACACAGCCUGUUAAUGCUGCCAGCUUUGGGAAGAUAAUAAGGCAACAAUUUCCACAAUUAACGACGAGAAGACUUGGAACUAGAGGCCAGUCUAAGUACCAUUAUUAUGGCAUUGCAGUGAAAGAGAACUCCCAGUAUUAUGACGUGAUGUAUUCUAAGAAAGGAGCAGCCUGGGUCAAUGAAACAGGAAAAAAAGAAGUAACCAAACAGACAGUGGCGUAUUCACCACGUUCCAAACUUGGAACAUUACUGCCAGAGUUUCCAAAUGUCAAAGAUCUAAAUCUGCCAGCCAGUUUGCCAGAGGAGAAGGUUUCUACCUUUAUUAUGAUGUACAGAACUCACUGUCAGCGGAUACUAGACACUGUAAUCAGAGCCAACUUUGAUGAGGUUCAAAGUUUUCUUCUGCACUUUUGGCAAGGGAUGCCACCUCACAUGCUACCUGUAUUGGGUUCUUCCACGGUUGUAAAUAUAGUUGGAGUUUGUGAUUCUAUAUUGUACAAAGCUAUUUCCGGAGUUCUGAUGCCAACAGUAUUGCAGGCAUUACCUGACAGCUUGACUCAGGUGAUCCGAAAGUUUGCAAAGCAGCUAGAUGAAUGGCUAAAAGUAGCUCUCCAUGACCUGCCAGAAAACCUACGAAAUAUCAAGUUUGAGUUGUCCAGAAGAUUUUCUCAAAUUCUUCGGCGACAGACAUCAUUAAAUCAUCUCUGCCAGGCUUCAAGAACGGUGAUCCACAGUGCAGAUAUUACAUUCCAAAUGCUAGAGGACUGGAGGAAUGUGGAUCUGAACAGCAUUACCAAACAAACUCUCUACACCAUGGAGGACUCGCGUGAGGAGCACAGAAAGCUCAUCAUACAAUUGUAUCAAGAGUUUGAUCACCUUUUGGAGGAGCAGUCACCUAUUGAGUCAUACAUUGAGUGGUUGGAUUCCAUGGUGGACAGAUGUGUUGUGAAGGUAGCUGCCAAGAGACAAGGUUCUUUGAAGAAAGUAGCUCAGCAGUUCCUUUUGAUGUGGUCCUGUUUUGGCACUCGGGUGAUUCGAGACAUGACUUUGCACAGUGCACCCAGCUUUGGGUCCUUUCACCUUAUUCACUUGAUGUUUGAUGACUACGUAUUGUACCUGUUAGAAUCACUUCAUUGUCAGGAGAGAGCGAAUGAGCUAAUGAGGGCAAUGAAAGGAGAAGGAAGCACAGCAGACAUACGAGAAGAAAUAAUACUGACGGAACCAGCUCCUCCAACUCCCUCCCCAGUGCCAUUCUCCCCAGCUAAAUCUGUCACCUCAGUGGAAGUGCCCUCUGCACCCUCACCUGUUAGCAAUCAGUCCCCAGAGUAUGCUGGCAUAGCAACUACUACAGGAGCUAUGCAGUCCUACACAUGGUCCCUCACGUACACCGUGACAACAGCUGCUGGGUCACCUGCUGAAAACUCUCAACAACUGUCCUGCAUGAGGAGUCCUCAUGUACCAUCUUCAUCUGUCACACACAGGAUACCUGUUUAUCCUCACAGAGAAGAGCAUGGAUAUACGGGAAGCUACAAUUAUGGCAGCUAUAGCAACCAGCACCCUCACCCAAUGCAGAGUCAGUAUCCAUCUCUACCACAUGAUACUGCCAUUUCUGGACCGCUUCACUACUCAGCUUAUCACAGAAGCUCUUCACAGUAUCCUUUCAAUAGCCCAACAUCCAGGAUGGAGCCCUGUUUGAUGAGCAGUACCCCAAGACUGCAUCCAACCCCUGUAACUCCUCGCUGGCCAGAAGUCCCAUCAGCAAACUCAUGCUACACAAGUCCAACCAUGCACUCCACAAGAUACGGAAACUCUAGUGACAUGUACACGCCCUUGACCACUCGCAGAAAUUCUGAAUAUGAGCACAUGCAACACUUUCCUGGCUUUGCCUACAUCAAUGGAGAAGCCACUACAGGAUGGGCUAAAUGAAAAUGACUGGUAUAGCAUGGGCCCAUCUAUUUAAUAAAAACUUUAUAUUACAUGAGACUUCACCUGGACAUUCUUUAAUUGACAUGAAGAUGGACUAGAUCCUGGAUGUCUUGGACUUGGACAUAUGGCAGACCAGUUUGACAGUAUUCCUGUAAGCAAACAAGAUUUAAUUGUUACUAUAAAGUAUCGUGCAGGCCAAGCUGUGCCUUUUUUAUAAAAUUCUGUCCAGUGGUUUUACUCUUUGUAUGGUGUCAGCUUCAAUGAGCCAUUUACUCCCCCAUUGACAAAUGUUAACAAGACUUUAAAGAAUAGUGCCAGAGAGCAAUCUAUUUAU